AUGCAAGAUGUGGCUCUGGAGGAAAGGCUGCUCCUCAACGCGUAUCGGCAGCUUCUAGGGGAAGCUGCCGCUGCUGCGUGCCCGCCUGCUCUGGUCAUGGCCUCGCGCAACGAUCUCGUGUCCUAUGCUUGCCGUACUCUGCCCGAGGCUGAGCAAAGGGUCUUAUUGGACUAUGCUGAUUCCUUGGCGCGACGCUUCUCCUCUACUGGCAUCGAGCGGUAUCCCUUGCCGCUGCGCUGUGCGGAGAAACCCACGGAGGCAGAGGACAGAGCACACGCUCAUCUUCUGGAGGGUAGCGGCUCCUUAUGGGUUGCCCUCCGGGAUGUUAUUGUGGCACUGGACUUUGGUGCUGAUGGUCGGCCAAUAGCUGAGGGCCAUGUUUUCUACCUCGGCUCCUACUGCAAAGGAGGGGCCGUUGGCGUAUGCAGGCAUACCAGGUAUCAUGGCAAUGUCUGCCGAUUGCUCAAUGCGGCUCUCCAGGCGAUCUGCCCGGACUUUGCUUGGUCUACUCUCGCAGUCUCCCUCAAUAAUGGGGUCAAAGUUCAUACGGACAGAUGGAAUGCCUCUGCACCGUGUCUACUUGUUGGCUGUUCCCAUCAUGAUGGAGGAGAGCUCUGGAUAGAACAGCCUGGAGGUGUGGCUUGCCUCGAGCACGAAGGUACUCAGCUGUUUGGCACUGCCCUGCCCACCAGCGCCAUGGUUGUGAUGUUCAGUGGCAAGGAGCAACGGCACGCCAACCUGCCAUGGUCCAAUGGUGAUCGCUUUGUGCUCAUUGCUUUUCAGACGGGACAUUUGGCGAGCUUGCGGCCCGCGGAGAGGCGUAUGCUGCUUGAUUUUGGGAUUUGUUCUGCCCUAGCGGUGGCCAUGGCGCAAUAG